AGAACGUAUCGAAACGACGAGUCAGUUGGCGGAUAAUCCCGCGGACCUGUACAUCGUUAGGAAACGCUGUAUCGGAAAUAUUGGGAAACAUGUUCGCUGAACAUAUAAAGAUCGUAUACUUACUGCUCUUGUAUUGUAUCGUCGUGCGAAGUCACGUCAUACAAGAUGAUAGUUACACGCAGACCAAAUUAAACACAAAAUCAGAGGUAUCCGAGAAAACUACGAUAGAUGAUGCUAAUGAUUCGGAUUAUUAUGGAAUCUCCGGAUUAUUACAGAAAACAUGAUAUGACAGUAGGAAAGACAAUCGAGAAUAUAGAUCAUGGAUUGGACUCGAUCUUAAGUAUGUUUCCCGAUAAUAAAUUUGAUGAGGUCAACGAGAGACCAGCUUUUGGAGAGAUGUCGUUUUCUGCACUGAAAAGUCGGUCCUAUCAACCUUUAUUGCAAAAGAGCAAUGUUGAAUCGAAAGAUCAGGAGAUACGUACCACCAACCUUUCGAGGCCCAAGAGUAUUAGAUCAAUUCAAUUAAACGCAAAAUCGAAGAUGUCUGAGGAAACUAUAACGAACGUUAAGAAUUAUUUUCAAAUGUCGUCAUUGCCUCGGUUGUCCCGAUCCGCGUCCAGAUCUCGACGCCUCUCCCGACCCUCGACUCGAUCUCCAUCCGGAUCUCGAUUGCCGUUACGGUCCUUAUUCCGGUGCCCGUCCCGAUUCCCAUCCCGAUCCACAACCCGAACCACGUUCCCGUCGCAAUCUCGGUACCGAUCUUCAGUGCAAGAGCGGGUAAAUCAACAAUUAGAUGAAAUAGCAGAAAUGUACACACCAGUGAUCUUGCGACCGAAAAGGCAGAUACCAUUGCACGUGUUAAAGAGUGAAUUGAAAAAAGAUGAACGAUUGAAAAAAGAUCGUCAAAGUAUGUUGCAGUUUUUUUUCCCGGAUACGCAAAUUGCUGCUGAAAUGGCGGUUCAAUGAUGUAUAUUCAUGAAACACCAUUGUUAAGAAUAAAAGAGAUUUUCCAGCCUUUACUGAAAAAUCAGUUUCCAUAUUCCAUGAACAAUGCGAGGUACGUCAAAUUGAACGGUAACAUAAAGAUUUUUUACUGUAGAAUGGCGCGAUAUCGCGCCAAAAUAAAUAUAUUAAUUCACAAGAAUUUCAAUUUCUUACUCAGAGAAGAUAAAGACCCUCAAUGAAUUCAUUAAAACCAUUAUUGAUCCCGCGAUCACCGAAGUAAGAUUAGGGAUUCUCGCUAAGAAAGGCAUGCGGUCGCCUCGGUUACACCAGUGGUUAUCGAUAAUAAAACAAUGGAUUAAUACUACAGCACUGUCAAAAAUCACCAUCAGAGAUUGAGAGGAUAUUUACAAUUCACCGGAAAAACAUUCUCCACUGCCCACGAAAGAGAGUAACAAUCAGUUGAUAGAUGAGGUCAUCCAUAUUGUAGCGGAGGACAUUAAAUUGAUUCUGUACAAGUCGUGUAUAAAUAAAAGAAAGAAAACCAAAGCAAUUGAAAGAGAAAAGGAAUCCAAGAAAACUAUGUCGACGCUGUGCCUUCCCAAAGUAUCAGUUCCGCCAGUUGCUGUUGACAGAGAACGACAGAAGACGGAAAGGAGAUAAAUAUCUGCGAAGUUCGUGAUACCUAAUCAGACAGCGGCAAAUGGAAGCAGAAUUACAUCAGGAACGCUAAAAGUGAAGUAGAUCAUGCGACGAUCGCACUUGAGAGGGAUUGAUCGCCCACCAUAUUUAUUGCUCCCACGAUUUUUACGUUGUCCAAUAAUUAUUAUCAAACUAACAGAAAAGAAUGACAUGCCAAAGACUCUCGACUGUGAGUCUUAUGAAUUUUUCACAGUAUUUCCGAUUAUAACGUUUUGACCUAUCAUCAAACUAUAGAAAAUAACAGCGCGCUACACUGUAAAAAAUUACAUUUCAAAUUAAAACAAUUAUAGUGUGUAAUUUUAA